GUCAGUUUUCCUUCGCUGCCAAAUACACAACACUUUUACAUAUUUUUCAAAAUCUUUGUAAUUUUUAAAUAUUUCUGCUAAAUCCAAAUCGAAAUCGCGGACAACAUGGAUGCAAAUUCAAGCCCAAAUUCAACAGUGAAAAUAAACCAAGAGACUGGAUUCAAAAAUGCCAUCAAGCACAAUGGCACGGUGAUCCGUCGGGUGCUCCAACAGCUGAACAAGCCCUCGACCAUGAUGGAGAUAUACGAACAGCUGGGAAUCGACAGAGCGGACCCCAAGCAACUUGGCCAACGUGAGAUCAUUGGCUACACCCUGAAGGAAAUGCUGGACAACGGAUUCAUCAAGGUAGUCGAUGGCUGCUACUGCCAUCCCUCCUUCAAGCACGCCAAACGGCAAUCCCAGCCCCAGCGGGGCCAACGUGUCUGGCGUGCACAAUGGUAAAGGUGCGCCGCUCGCUCGCUCGCUCGCUCUCUCGCUCCUUCCACCACCGAAAGCACACUCUCCGAUGGAAGAUCGGGGACUUAAAGAGAACAAAAAUCAUCAAAGACAUCUUCAAGUGAAAAUCAAGCG